UAAUAAUGUCCAAAUAUUCUGUAAUUCUGCCAACUUAUAAUGAAAGGGAGAAUUUGCCAAUCAUUACCUACUUGAUAUUUGAAAUGGCUAAAAAGAAGUACUCUUGAUUAUAAUACAAGUAAUCUGGAUUUUGAGAUCAUCAUUAUAGAAGACAACUCCCCAGAUGGCACACUGUAAGUAGCACAAGAGCUAAAGAAAGUAUAUGGGGAUAAGUUGAUCAUCCAUUUCAGAGAGAAAAAGUUAGGUUUGGGUUCUGCUUACAUGGAUGGGAUCAAACUUUGUCAUGGCAAUUUCAUUGUCAUUAUGGACGCAGAUUUAUCACACCAUCCAAAAUAUUUGGUGGACUUCAUCCAAAAAUAGAAAUAAACCAAUUGUGACAUUGUGACAGGAUCUAGAUACAUCAAUAAAGGAGGUGUUAUGAAUUGGGGAUUCGAUAGAAAACUCACAUCUAGAGGUGCCAAUUUUCUUGCAUCAACAAUGUUGGGAGUGAAGUGUUCUGAUCUAACAGGAAGCUUCAGACUCUACAAAAGAGAAGUCCUAGAAAAAGUAAUUAAAGAUGUAGUUUCAAGAGGGUAUGCCUUUCAAAUGGAAAUAAUCAUCAGAGCAAGACAAUAUGGAUAUACAGUAGAGGAAGUAUAUAUUUAAAGUAAAUAAUUAAAGGUACCCAUUGUUUUUGUUGAAAGAAUCUUUGGAGAAUCGAAAUUGGGAGCAUCUGAAUUUCAAAUAUACUUAAAAGGAUUGUGGAAAUUGCUCUGGACAUUCUGAUAUCUGAAUAUAAAUAUUUACAUAGAUAUAUGUC